AAUGGAAAACACUUUACGUAAACACGUGUUUUCUGUGAGUGUAAAAUUACUAAUAACUGCGGUGAUCUAUCAAACGUUGUGCCUCAUCGAUGUUUCACCAGCGAAUUAUGAAUAUUCUCCGAGAGUGUACAACGUCGGCGUGCUGAUGGCUUCUCAUUUGAAUAGUCCUUUCGAUCUCGAGAGAUGCGGACCAGCUGUCGAUCUAGCCUUAGCCGAAGUGAACGACUUUCUGAGCGUUCACAAUGUGCAAUUGCGCAAAGUACAAGGAAGCUAUCCAUCCUGCAGUGGAGCCGCAGCACCUGGUUUAGCAGCCGAUAUGCACUUCAGAGACAACGUGAUCGCGUUUAUUGGUCCGGCUUGUGCGUUUGCCCUUGAACCUGUUGCAAGACUCGCAGCUUACUGGAACACUCCUAUAAUCACAGGAAUGGGUGAUCAACCACCCUCUGAAGGUGAACUGUCCGUAACCUCAGGUAUCCUUGGAAGGAUCAAUAAAUGGAAGAACGAGAGCUCGGGAAUUUUCAAGGACAAAAGCAAAUAUCCCACCCUGACUAGGAUGUCUUAUUGUCAAUGUCGUCUCCGAUUGGUGUUCUCCAGUAUAUUCAAAGAAUUCGGAUGGUCUCACGUGGCCCUGCUGCUGGAUAGAUCCGAUCUGUUCUCGUGGACAGUUGGAAAAAACUUAGAGUACGGUUUACGCAAGGAAGGAUCGUUGAAAUUUGUCAGAGAACUCGAUGGGAACACGGAAGACGAACCCUAUCAAUUCUAUUUGCGCGAUGCCAGUAUGUACGCGAGAGUGGUAAUUCUUAGCGUCCGAGGUACUCUGGUCAGGAAAUUUAUGCUGGCUGCUCACGCUUUGGAAAUGACCAGAGGCGACUGGGCGUUUCUCGACGUCGAAAUAUUUCAGGGAUCGUAUUGGGGUGACCACGAUUGGGAGAUCGGAGACGAAGACGAUGCUGUAGCUAGAAAAGCGUACGAAGCUUUGUUGAGAGUGUCCCUUCUACAACCAACCAGUCCAAGAUUUCAAGAUUUCGCCGAAACCGUCCGUCAAAGAGCUCUCACGGAUUACAAUUACUCGUUUUCGGAAGGCGAAGAAGUAAACUUCUUCAUAGGAGCCUUUUACGACGGCGUCUAUCUGUUGGGGAUGGCAUUGAACGAGACUUUGGCUCAAGGGGGAGAUAUCAGAGACGGUAUAUCGAUAACCAGAAGGAUGUGGGACCGAGACUUCAUUGGUAUUACCGGACACGUCAGGAUCGACGACAAUGGAGACCGUGAUGCGGACUACAGUAUCCUGGAUUUGGAUCCCAUCACGGGAAGAUUCGAGGUGGUCGCUCAUUAUCUGGGAUUGAAUCGAGAAUACAGUCCAGUUUAUGGGAAAAAGAUCCAUUGGCCCGGUGGCAGAGAGGGUCCACCGGCCGAUGUUCCAGAAUGCGGUUUCUUGGGAAACGAUCCAGCUUGCACCUCCAGAACGGAAGCGUACACUUUCGUCGCUUAUACCGGCUUGACCCUUACCGUCUUCUUACUCGUUGCCGUCACAGCGACCUGUGUGCUGUAUCGACAUUUACGUUUAUCGGCUGAUUUGAACAACAUGUCCUGGAGAAUUAGGCCCGAAGAGUUGCUACUCGAAAUAGGAAAACCCCUUUCGUCCAAGAUCAAUCUGCAUCAGGCUAUGUCCGAUGCGAAUAACUUUGACUCGGAACAACGCAUUCGUCGAGGAUCGCAGUUCAGCUAUGAAUCGCUGCCGCCAACCACGGUAUUUACUACCGUUGGUAUUUACAAAGGUGAACGGGUUGCCAUUAAAAAAAUCACGAAAAAAAAAGUAGUCGACGUUACGAAGAAGCUACUGUGGGAAAUUAAACAGGUACGGGAUGUUACUUCUGAAAAUACCGUCAGGUUUAUAGGCGCUUGUCUCUGUUCGCCCUCGCCGACGGUCUUGAUUCUGACCGAAUACUGUCCACGAGGAUCCCUGAAGGACGUGCUCGAAAACGAAGCUAUAAAAUUGGACUGGAAUUUUCGAAUGUCUCUGAUCCACGACAUCGUAAAGGGAAUGUCUUAUCUUCAUGCCAGCGAAGUUUCAGCCCACGGAAAGCUACGAUCCUGCAAUUGUUUGAUCGACGGUCGUUUCGUUCUGAAGAUUUCGGACUUUGGUCUGAAAACCCUUACGACUCCUUCAGAUUUCGUUAUGGAUGACAAUUACUAUACCAAAUUACUGUGGGUCGCGCCAGAACUGUUGCCAUUAAUCGUAACACCUGGAAGCGUGGCCACUCAAAAAGGGGACGUGUACAGCUUCGCUAUUAUCUUAGAGGAAAUCGUUGUUCGAGGUGGCCCAUACGAAACUGUCAAGGGGUUCAUAUCUUCUCAAGAAAUCGUAAGCAAAGUUGCCGCGUCCGAAACACCACCGUUUAGACCGGAAGUAACACCAAAGGACUGUCCACCGGAUAUUUUAUCUUUGAUGGAGAGAUGCUGGCACGAGAUGCCCGAGGAACGGCCUACUUUUCAUACGAUUCGAGGAACUAUACGCGGCAUUAUGAAAGGUUAUUGCGAGAAUCUGAUGGACGAUUUGUUGAGGCGCAUGGAACAGUACGCGAACAAUUUGGAGGCCUUGGUCGAAGAAAAAACGGAACAACUGAGCUUGGAAAAACGACGAAGCGAAGAGCUUCUGUAUCAAGUACUUCCAAGACAAGUAGCGUGUCAACUGAUGGCCGGAGAACUGGUGCAACCGGAACAAUUCGAAUGCGUGACUAUUUACUUCAGCGACAUUGUUGGUUUUACGGCUCUUUGCGCGCAAAGCACCCCCAUGGAAGUGGUCGAUUUUCUUAACGAUCUGUACAGUACCUUCGAUCGUAUCAUUGAAUUCUAUGAUGUCUACAAGGUGGAAACAAUAGGAGACGCGUACAUGGUAGUGUCAGGCCUACCGGAAAGAAACGGCGACGAACACGCCAGAGAAAUUGGUUUAAUGGCUUUGGCGAUUCUAGACUCGAUACGCUCUUUCACGAUAAUGCACAAGCAAAACGCGCAAUUAAGCGUUAGAAUAGGCGUACACAGUGGUCCAGUUUGUGCCGGUGUCGUGGGUCAAAAGAUGCCACACUAUUGUCUAUUUGGUGAUACAGUGAACACAGCGUCGAGAAUGGAAUCCUCUGGAUUACCCUUGUGUAUACACGUGUCAGAAGCAACAAAAUACAUAUUGGACAAGUUUGGAACAUUCGAUCUGGAAUUGAGGGGAGAGGUGGAGUUAAAAGGAAAAGGAAAAGUUACUUCGUAUUGGUUAAAGGGUUGUUCUGAACCUGAUCCAAGACCUCCGAGUCCAAAAUAUCGUAAACACAGCGUCACUACACCGGAAAAUAAUCUAAAUCCGCUGAUUUUCCCGCCCAACAACGUUAACGGGCCCAAAACAAAUAACAAUACAUUUAUUAAUUUAUCCGAGUUACAAUAGACACGUUUCGCGAGUUUUAUGAUGUUCAAUGAUCGAACGACAACACUAAAAAGACGUAAUUAUAAUAAAUUUAUUUAAAUUUCUUCUAUUACAAUAUCAAUUCAGGAUUUUACAUCGAUAACAUUUAAUUUAUUAUAUAAAUAGAAGAAUCUUUUUAAUAGGCUUUUGGCGACAGGCACGUACAUUAAAUUGAUUUUUCCGAGACUGUUUAACGAAAUGUCAGAUUCGGUUUCCUUUUCUAUCGUGUCACAGCUGCGCGAUGUAUCGAUGCUCGCAAUUUAAUAUACGUGUCUAAUCGACAAUAAUCUACGCAAAGCUUGCUUUUAACUCAAAUUUUUGGCAAUGUUUCCGAAAGAAAUUUAACAAAAAACUAAACUUGAUCUUUCUUUCAAGUAUUUGUGUGUGUGUGUGUGUGUGUGUGUAAUAUACGCUACACUUUUCGUGUUAUACUAGUCCGUAUCAACACAGUGUAUCAUUUCAAUGUAAUACGCGUAUAGACUACAGCAGAAUUA